CAAAGGGUAAAGGGGGUGUGGAGGCCAUAUGGAGAAUAACUACAACAAAGAGGAAUUUCUCCUGAGAAGAAGCUUUGUCCCAGGAACCAUGUGACAAUAUACUACUGAUUUUGGCGUAGACUUGGGUGACUUACCAUCUACCUAUCCAAAAUUAUAUGGAAAUUCUUCAGGAAGUAAACUCUUUGGCAUGAUGACUGACGAAAGGCCCUUAAAUCAAAACAACAGAACAAAACAAAACAAACAAACAAACAAAACCAUGCUGGAUUACUACAAAGUUUUAGGAGUGCCUCAAAAUGCAUCUGCCUCGGUUAUUAAAAAAGCUUACCACCAGUUAGCUCUUCAGGUACACCCAGACAAGAACCCAGGAAAUAGGGAAGCAGCUGAGAAGAAAUUCAAACAAAUAGCAGAAGCCUAUGACGUCUUGCAUGAUGCUAAGAAACGCAACAACUAUGAUUGUUCCAGAGAGAAAGGAAUCAAAAAGGCCAAGAGAGGAAAUCAAAAACGCUUGAAGGAAGAAUGGUGGUCUCAAAAGUCACACUGUGACUUUCAGAAUGACUUUGAAGCUGAAGACCACCUCAAAGGAGAUAAUUGUUCCACUGGCCGCUAUGUGGGUAGGACCAGGAAUUUACACUCUUCCUUCUUUGAUGUGACCCCCAUCUUGGACACAGGAUUUUCCACUUUUGUAUCCCCAUGCUCCAAACGAAAUUCUUCUUCCUCUGAAGCAUUUGUCCCCUUUGUAAGCAGUGGAAUGGGAAACUUCAGACUGGUCACCACAUGUAGCCUGAUAGUGCAUGGCAAGAGAGUUGUUACACAGAAAAUUCGAAAUGUGAAGGGCAAGACUGAAGUGGAAAAAGAAAGCCUGUUUCAUCAGAUCUCUCCUCCUCAUCAUCGGAAAUUGAUGGAAAAUCCCUGCUUUUGAUGACAAGAAAUGAUGUAUUGACAGGACUUCAGUUAAAAUUGGGGCCUGCUCUGAAAAUCUACGAGUACCAUGUAAAACCUCUGCAGACAAAGCAUUUAAAGAACAACUCUUCGUAGUAUAGUCACAUUGGGGUCUUAGACCUCAAAAAAUACAGAAUGACAUAAUUUAGUUUCAUGUGAUGAAACUUUGUAAACAGAACACAUACAUGUGUAUAUGUAAAGAAUUUCAAUCAAAUGAAAUGUUAUCCUAUUGGAUAGACUUAGGCAAUCCAUCAGCUGACCUGAAUUCAGCCAAGAGGAGCAAAGAUAGCAUGUGAACUUUGUGGAAUUUGUCAAAUUAAGUGAUCAUGAUUAGACAUGAUUAGAUACCCCUCCUUAGAAAGGCUUUGAAAUCAUAAGGGUUUUCUUCAUUCCUUCCUACACUGUUUGCCUAGAGUCUUUAAAUACAUUUUUAAAAAGAUAAAUAGAAAGGAAAAAGAAGAAAGGAAGGAAGAAAGAAAAGGAAGGAAGGAGGGGGGGAAGAAAGAAAAAUAGAAUUUAAUGGAAGGGGCAGCUUUCAAAUCUAGAUGUAGGGAAGUUUAAGAACAAGAAAAUUUGGGGAGAGGGUGGAAAGAGAAAGACAUUGCUGUCUCCUUUGAAUUCCUCUGUACCUUAGUGCUUGUGUAACUUCGAUGGGAUUGCCGACACCCUUUUUUUAAAGAGGGUCCUCCACUUGACCUUAUUAAGGUUUCACUGGGAUAUGCUGCAAUGUUUGAAAUGAACAUGCAGAGUGGCCCCAUUCAGAAGCAGAACUGUAGCUCUGAAAAGAGAAAUUCUUGUGUAUUGGGGAUAUCCAUACUUAUUCAACUAGCUUCCACUGCGGGCUAAUGGUAUUUUCUGCAUAGAUGGGCUUUUAAAAUUUGUUCUUUGUUUCUGAAGAAAGCGUCUAUUCACGUUCUGGUUAGUAUUUAUAGUAAUCUGUUUCUCAAGAAAUUUGCCAAGAGUUAUAGAUCAAAAGCCCUGUUAUUAGUAAAGAAUAUUUUUAUAUAUAUAUUCCUUCAUGAAAGGUAUAAUAUUUUUUAAAGUAUUCUGAUGCUCUGAUUGGUUUGAGUACUUGUUCUUAAGAACUGGAAAAAAAAAAAGUGGGCUUGCCAUAUCUCUGUUCAAAGAGACAUUUGUUCAAUCUCCAUGUGUCAAUGCCUUGUUGAAUUGGUGCUUUGUGGUUGCAAUAAAGCAUUGUUUCAAUUUA